CUUUAGUAAUUGUGAUUACUAGUAUUUUUAGGAAUGUAAGUGCAGAUUGUUUGCUGUGAGGGUUGGUUUAGGGGAGAUACACAGUCUGUACAGCACAAACAUUACAGAUAUGGGAAGUCCCCACAAAGACUGCUGUACUAGUGUGUGAGUGUGCGUGUCUCCGCCUCCUCUGCAGGAGUGUGUAUGUGUGUGUGUGUGUGUGUAUGUGUGUGUGUGUGUGUGACUGCUUCAGUUCUCCUCAGUUCAGUUUCUCCGCUCGGCCUGAUCGGUGUGUGUGUUUUUCCUUCGCUUUUCUCCGGUAUCCGGGAAUCACGGAGCGUGUUUGUGUCCAGCGGGGAUCUGCGGUGUGUGUCUGCGCGUGUUUCUGCAGGUUUCUCCUCAGUAUGAUAGAGCUGGAUCUCCUGUGGGCUGCUGGUGUCCGGCUGUAGAGUCUGAUCAGUGGCAGACGCUCCGCUUGAAGAUGUCUGCGUGUGGAGAGUUUGCAGAGCACGUGUGGAAACCAGGCUCCUGUAAGAACUGCUUCCACCCGCGCAGUGCCCACCGGCAGACGGGCACAGCGGGCAUCGGUCUGAGCGGAGAGGAUGAGGAGGGCUUGAGCUCUCCAUCUCCAUACAGCAAACCCACCAUCGCUGUCAGACCCACCAUGAUGAACACUGACAGCCCAGCGGAGCUCCACACUGACCACAACAUCAACACUCAACAGGACAGCCAGAAGAGCUCCGCGGGACUGAAGAAAACUCUGGAAUUGUACAUCGACAGCAAUGGAUGCAAUAAAUCUCUCAGAGAAACCAUAAUACAAAAUGGAAAAAGGUUCCCUCCAAGCAUUGGUUCCCCUACAGGAUUAUCAAGCAUUGGUUCCCCUACAGGAUUAUCCAGCAUUGGUUCCCCUACAGGAUUAUCCAGCAUUGGUUCUCCUACUGCAUCAUCCAACAUUUGUUCACCUACAGGAUUAUCAAACAUUGGUUCCCCUACGAGACUAUCCAGCAUUGGUUCUCCUACAGGAUUAUCCAAAAACUGCAUGAUUUCCAAUCCGGAUGAGGAUGAUAAUAGGUGUGUUUCCAAUGUAAACGGGAACGCUGAAUCUCACACACAGAUUCCCAACAGCACUUACAACAAUGGCGAUUCCCAAAGUGUGACAUCAACAAACACUGAAGGACUUCUAAAUCCAGUGAAUCUAGAGGAACACCAAUGCAAAGCCACAUCCGGGACUAUAACUAAUGGGAAUUCAUCUUUAAACUCCAAAUCAGAUUUAUUGAUUACACCACAUAAUCUUGAUUCCCAAUCCAACGCUAUUGAGGAGCCAAUAUAUGCAGAAAGCACCAAGCGGAAGAAGCCUGAUGGAAAUGCAGACAUCAGUGACAAUCAAAAGGCGAUCAUAACCGUCAUGGCGGCUCGUACCCAAGAAAACAACCGCACGUUUUAUUUGAGCAGCCCAGAUUCUGCCGUCAGCACUCAAUGGAGUCCUAAAGACGCCUCAAAUCCUGCUUUCAUUUGGCCAGAGAUGAUCAUUCCUAAUUCCUCAAACAAUCAUAAACCUCAAUCCAGCCCUCCGGUUCCUCCUAAAACAUCUUCCCGUCCUCCAAGACUCGGCGCUUCUAGUUUAUCCUCCGCUCCUUUACUCCAGUUGAGUUUUCACGCCGUUCUUCCUCCUAAAGAUGUGGGUUUGGACUCGCGCAGGAGCGUCCGCAGUCUGGAUAAAUGCAUUGAUGAAGUGGACGAGGAGUCGGAGGGAUGUUCCAUCAAUGCUCCUGCUGUUCGGGAUGCUGGAGAAUGGCAGAUGGAGGAGCGAGCGACGCCUGGCACCGCCAACAAAAGCUCCAGUCACACUCUGAAUAAAGAGGUCGAGAGCUCCAGAGAUACUCCAGGAGAAACCCUGGAGAGUGGAGAUCCUGCGCCGCCGCCGCCGCCACCCAAAAAACACCACCGGUGAGACCAUCUUACUUAUUA